AUGAGUCUCGUCUACGUCUUCACGCAUUUAGUCGCUGGACGAACAGCGUACAUCAAGAACUAUGGAUCUCCAACUAAAUACGGCAAAUAUGUUGCCGGCUUUGCCUUUUUGCUGGCUAGGCUAGGUCUUCCCGUUUGGGUGGCAGCCAUCACUUUGUCGAUAUUUGUGGCUGUGAACAUUGGACUGGAUCUUUCCAAGGGGGUUCAAGAAAAUCUCCCAUGGCUUAAUGUCAUAAUCAGCAUAUCUUCCUUGUUUUCUCUCGCAGCAGUACUUGCAGUUAUUGAGAUGGCAGAUCGUCCAUUCGCGACUCUAGGCAUUUCUCAAGCUUGGUUCAUUCGAGGAGAGGAUCCACUAGCAUGUCCUGAUGAUGACGACGACCUUGAGCCGGGAGUUGUCUAUAUGACGCCGAGCCUCCAGGAGAAUAUAGAGAAGCACGCCGAAAAGCCCCGUGUGCCAAGCAAACCCCAGAAGCGAAAGCGCAAGACUCUGACGAAAAGGAAUCCUCACGAGCCUCAGCGAAGAGCUUUACGCCAUGCCAGAAGCAUAUCCAUGCCAACUCCCUUGAAUGCUGUCUUCGGGGACCGCCCUGGUGCCGUGAUGCCCGACUCUCCGGUAUCCUCCAGUGCAUUUGCAUGGAAGCCACCGACGAGGGAUGGCGCGACACCAAAAGCAGCCGGGAGAGUGGCACUCGAUGAUUGGGUUACGUGGCGUGAACAUGCCAGUAUGCGACAAGGGGAUUCCGACAUAUCCACCAAUGCCUCGGCACGGCCUGGCGAAGUGAUUUUGCUAUCCAUGCCUCGGCAAGCUGAGUACUCUCCGCGUAGUCAGGCUCUACUUGAAGAACAGGGGAGGGCGCAGACCUUCGACCCGGGAUGGGGAUUGGGAGGCAAACUAUCAUUUACAGAUGAGGCAAGCGAGCCAGCCGGCAAGUUCACGCACCACGACGACAUUUAG